ACCUGUUGUCGCAGCGACUGGCCGCGCUCCGUAUGGGCUCCGGAUCCCGAACCUUCGACGAGCGGUUCCCCUGUUUUCUCACCACUGGAAAUAGUAUCAACCGACGCAACUCGGAGAGCGGCAUCGAUCGAGACCAAUUUCUCCAAGAUCCGGUGAGAUCCUCGCAUGUUAUUGACUCUGAAAGUUUUGGACCACCGGGACCGCCGCACUAAGCCUUAUCCGCGCUUCACCUCCCUCGACGCGGGCGCGCGUCCGUUCCCACGCCAAUUUCCACGCCUAGUCCGCUCAGAUGGAAACCGACGGCACCCGAUCCCCUGACACCAUGGACGCCGACGCUUCGUCCGGUCAAGACGAGGACGACACUAACUGGUUUCUUGUCGCUCGGAAGAAGAAACGCUUAGCUCAAGCUGCUGCGGACCUGCCGCCUCCUCCGGCACCCCAAGUCCCCCGCAAGACGAAUGCACGUCUCCCACCACUGCCUAUUGACGACUACAAGAUUGUGUUCCGCCCGAGAGACGGCCUCAACCUCGGUGCGUGGCCUCAACCUUCUGUUGCCCGAGCCAUCGGCAUAGCAGCGGGGCUGGACAGUGCCGUUCUCAACGAACUUAUCAUUCGCAUCCGCACUGACCAAAAUCUUGCGGUGCUCAGCACACCGGACGAGAACCUCGCGGCACGGCUUCAGCGAGUUCAAUUUAUCUGCAUGGGCCUUACCCAACACGCCGUCCAAGCGUAUGUAGCUGCCCCCGACAACUCUUGCAAGGGAGUAGUCUCGGGCCUUGAACCAAACACCACUACAACGACGCUUCUGGAAAACCUCCGCUGCUCAGAAGCUCCUGUCCUACACGCUCGCAUGAUGGGACCUACGAAUACGGCCCUGAUAACAUUCUCCGGCACCCAUGUACCCCACUACGUCCGUAUGUACGGUGCUGAACUCCGCUGCCACAUCUACCGACCGCGCCAACAAGUAUGCAGCGUGUGCUUGUCGAUGGGCCAUCGAGCUGACGUCUGUCCCAUGCCCGACAAACCCCGUUGCGCGGCGUGUGGUAUCUCCAACCCACCGAAGGAACAUGAGUGCACACCUAAAUGCAUUCACUGUGACGGCGCUCAUCCCGCUACUGACCCUCGCUGUCCAUCGCGUCAACUACCGGCACACAACAAGUCGCACGUGCUCCGUGAGCACAACAAACGCAAGGAACAGCGUCCCCCGCCCGGACCAGCACAGGGCCAGCUUGGGUCGACGACUCAGCAGGGCGCUCAGCAAAACCCGACCCAAUCGGAAAAGACACCAGGGAGCUCAGCGGAGAACCCCUGGACUAGGGGACGCAGCCGCACUCGCGGCUCAACCGGGGAUCGCCUCCAAACUGACCGGAGUCGCUCGGCUGGCGGCUCCAAGGGCCGGACUCCCAGCCACGGCCGUUCGAGGGACCGUGGCCACAACAAAAAGGGAUCCGACAAGAAAGAGCAAGCGGUAAGCUGGGCAGCGCAGUUCCCACCUCUAUCCCCCUCUCCACACACCCCCCCUUCCGUCACACAACACUCUAAGCCACAACCCACUCCGCAACCCAUGACGACCGACAAUGAACCGCGCCUUAAUGACUCCCUGCAAACCUCUCGCACAGUCUAUUGCACACAACAGGCACUGAACGAAAUGGCCGCCUCCCUAAAGACUGAAUUGGUAACCCUAAUGCAGGCGGAAAUGCAAAAAAUGAAGGAGGUCAUUAUGGCUGAAGUCACAGCUCCGCUUCAACAGUUAAUACAACAAGCCCUGCAACCCGCUGUCCAGCAGAUGGUGGCCGAUAUUAAACAACAGAUAGCGGCUGCACUCGGCCAACUUUCAAUCUCUCCACCUUUGUCCAAACGCUCCCUUUCUCCUUCACGUGAAACACAAAGAUCACAUCCUUACCUUCGCCCUGCCCGAUUACCGUCACCGGACCGAACACCCGCCCCGCUAAACCCGGAAAGCUCACUUCCCAGCACCUCCCAGGCCGACGUGCCGCCAGCCGGACAGCCCCCGGGUAUCAACCAAACACAAAUAAUAGCUGAUCAUGGCCAGAAACCGUAGGGUGACACGCACUACCUCCCAACUCCUAAGCGUGUGGCAAUGGAAUUGCAGGGGCUACCGCCGGAAACGCGGAUCGCUUACGCAAUUCAUUGCCACACAGCCCCAUCCCCCCGAUGUAAUAGCGUUGCAGGAAGCGCAUUGCACUCCUACACUUCCCGGCUACAACACG